AAGUUGGAUUCAGUAUGAUAAAGUUGGCAAGUGGGUCAUAUCAACAUUUGAGUUUUAAUGACUAUUUUGCUUCUUUGACUUGUUUCUUCACUCUGUGUUUGUAAUUCCUGGAAUUGUUUAAGAACAGUCUAUUUAGAUUUUAUAAAAGUGGUUUUAGUGUUUUAAUUGUAAGAGUAAAAUGGGCUGGUUUCAUUCCUGAGGGUUUUUCAAAAGAGAAGGGGGCAGGACGGACCCGAGAGGAGUGACUUAAAAAAAAACUUGACUUCAUCUCAGCGGUAAGAACCGGCGCUGAGCCGCGGUGGGCGGGCGUGAAACAUGUCUCCUCACGGAAAUAAAUAACGGGACCGGAGGACGAUAGAUACAUGAGCCGAAGAGAGGAGGACAAAACCCGGGGGGAAAGAGAGCUCAGGCUCGGUGGAAGUCAGAGCCUCACGACUCAGAGUUGAUGUAUUUGGUUACAGAUACCUGCUGAAAAUAGUCCCGAGAUCCUGCAUCGAGGCCCCUCUGGUCUGUGUGACCCCCCUGACACAGAGAGGAUGGUGAUGAAGGAGGGGGGGCGUAGGGACAGAGGGAGGGCGCCUCCAGCUCCAGCAGGAGCAGACGGGAGGCAGAUCUUCGUGGAGCUCGGGAAUCAAAACUUUGACUCCAUCUGUCUCUCUACGUAUCGGACGGCCUGCAAGCUGAGAUUUGUACAGAAGAGAUGCAACUUACAUCUGAUAGACAUUUAUAACGUGAUCGAGGCGGUUCGGGAUGCCGGUCUGAACGCCGUCGAGCUCAACGCCGGCAUCUCCGUGACCCGACUGGAGAACCUGGUGUCCUCCCUGUUCAACCAGCUCAGCAAGCGUCUGCCCACCACCCACACCAUCAACCCCCAGGAGAGCACCGUCUUCUUGGUCCAGUUCAUACUGGCUGCUGUUGACUGUGAACCAGAGAGCCGACUGACAGUGCUGUCGGUGAAGGCCAUGCUGGCCACGCUGUGUGGAGGCAAACUGGUGGACAAACUUCGCUACGUCUUUUCUCAGGUUUCGGACUCCCACGGCGUGUUGGUUCUGUCCAAGUUUGACAGUUUUCUGCGGGAGGUUCUCAAGCUCCCCACUGCUGUGCUUGAAGGACCCGCCUUUGGCUACACGAACACAGCGGCGCGCUCCUGUUUCCCACAACAGAAACGAGUGAUGCUGAACCUGUUCUUGGACAUCGUAGUCGAGCCUCCUCAGUGUCUCAUCUGGUGGCCUUUGAUGCAUCGUCUGGCCAACGUGGAGCAUGUCUACCAUCCUGUAACCUGCUCCUAUUGCCAUGACAACGGCAUGACCGGCUUUCGCUAUCGCUGCCUCCGCUGCCGUGGUUACCAGCUCUGCCAGAACUGCUUCUGGCGUGGCAAAGCCAGCGGCUCUCACAGCAGCCAGCACCAGAUGAAGGAGCACUCAUCCUGGAAGUCGCCUGCAAAGAAGUUUGGGCGAGCUCUAAGCAGGACUCUGGGCUGUGUCUCUUCAAGGGAACCCCCCCACCCCAUUUACCCCGAGGAACCAGAGCGGACCCUCAACCUUUCUAACAUUAUCCCCUGCAGACCCGUUGGUACUGGCGCCGAGGCCAUGUUGCUGUCAUCGGCAGCACCUGAAUCCUCCAAGAGUUUGGCUGCAGCUCGGCGAAUGAAUGAGGAGCACGCUCUGAUCGCUGCAUAUGUGAACCGCCUGCAGAACAGCCCACGAGCUGUGGACAGUCCCAGCAGACAAGAUGAGGAGCACAAACUCAUCGCUCGCUACACCUCCAGACUGGCAGAGACGGACAGCACCGGAAUGAUUCCAUCAAGGAGCAUCAACUUUGAUGCAAACAAACAGAAGAGGGAACUCAUCGCUCAGCUGGAGUGCAAAAACAGGGAGAUCCUGGCAGAGAUCAAGCGUCUGCGUGCAGAGCAUGACGCCGCGUGCCAGCCGAGCCCGGGCAGGAGCAGCACCAACCCGACCCUGCUGGCCGAGCUGCGGCAGCUCAGGCAGAGGAAGGACGAGCUGGAACAGAGGAUGUCGUCGUUGCAGGAGAGCAGGAGGGAGCUGAUGGUGCAGCUGGAGGGCUUGAUGAAGCUGCUCAAGGAUGAGGAGCAGCGACAGGCAGCGCAGGCAGCCGGUUCCUCCCACGCCUCCCCGUCUCGACCCAGCCCAUCCUCCAGUCGCUCCUUUGGAUCUGCAUCUCCUCAUGUCCACUUGCACCACCCACAAGAUUCCCUGGCUGGAGUGGGGGGUGAUGUACAAGAAGCCUUUGCUCAAGGACCCAGAAGGAACCUGAGGAACGACCUUCUGGUUGCGGCCGAUUCCAUCACCAACACUGUGUCCUCGCUGGUCAAGGAGCUCCACUCUGAUGACGGUCGCGAGGAAGAGGAGCGACUCCUCAACGGAAAAGACCGAGAGCGAUGUUUCAACGUGAUCGUCUGAACCCCCGCCACUGAAGUCUCCCCAGACGUUGGAACAUCUGGAAGAUUCAAGCUCCUCCCUUGAUCGUGAUGCUGGACACCAGACGGAACGCCGGGUCUCCGCUGAUGCAUAGCUGUGAUUCUGUCUCGCCACUGUGGUUUUGAUGUCGCUCGGGUUCGAUGGCGGACGUCCGAACGAGGAACCCGAACCUGCUGACUGGUGCUGUAGUGUGUGUGUUUGUGUGCACCGAGGAGGUGUGAGGGAAGGAGGAGUGGAAAGUGUUUGAAGGGCAGGAGGAAGUUUAAGGAUAGGACUAGAGGAGGUUUUCAGGAAAAGCGCUUCGGCACCGUGUGCUCUCUAUUUAUUUCGUUUUGAAGAUGUACUCAAUUAGUUGUGGUGUUGUUGUGCGGUCAGAUCCUGCUGAGGCCUGAAGCUUUUAGGGUCGCCAGAGGCAUCAGGUCUGUGCGGUCUGACACGUUUGGUUGUAAAUAUCGCCAAAAACUUGUUGCCAUUUUUCUUUAGCUUUAUAGACAAAAAAACAGCCAAAAAAUGUGUGGAAAGAGCCGGAAACUGGUUCUGCUGGAGAAAACAGGGCGUCGGCCCAUACCUCUGUGUGUCCCGGUACUGCAGCCAAAGUCCAUGUUUGAUUCUGUCGUGUGUGUUUGUGUGUGCUCGGUUUUCCAAAGAAGUGUGUUUAAAAAAAAUCAUAAAGUUUUUUGCUGGACAUCAAAAAUAAAGAUUUUUACCAAAACUU